AGUUGACUAAUUCAAACUAGUGGUGGAUAUGAUCAGUUCAUUCUCAAGUUAGGAGACGAAAUAAAGUUCGAUAAAGAUGGUUUAAAAUCGCAUUAUAAGUUGACAAUGGUCAUGUCUAAAAUGGAUCCCUCUGAAAUCUUUCGAAACGAUAGCGUUGAAAUUGCGAGAACGCGGAAACAUGCUCCUGGGACAUUUGAGAAGAAAGAAAUUACAAUUUAUGGUGACAAACCAUGGGGUUUUACCCUGAACGGUGGACUGACAGGGUUUCCAUCACUCAUCGUGACUAAGGUGAACGAGACUGAGAAGGCGCAUAUAAGUGGACUCGAGGCGGGUGACAUAAUAGAAGCAGUUAAUGGGGAGCAGUGUAGAGAGAGAAAAGCAGCUGUGCGUUUGAUUCAACACUCCACUGGUGUGCUGCACUUAACUGUGGUCAGGUUCCCGAAUAGAUCGAACCUCGUGGAAGAAUGUCUGCAAAGUGAGCAGCAGAAUAGUGUCUUUUCUGCGUCAUCAAACAGUGCCAAUCUCCGUGUGGGGUUUAAACACUCGGUCACUGGAGUGAACUCUCGUCGAAGGGCUCAAGAGCAAAAUGCAUUUGGAGCUCAUAUGAGGCAGAGUAGAUCGGCUGGCGACCUGAACACUCUCCAAGAAGACGAAAAUCCUCAUGAAGAUUACCCGGUUGGAAAUAAUCGCGUGAACGGAAGACAUAACAAGCCUGAUAUGUAUAAGAAUAAAUUGACUCAGGGAAGAAUAUCUAGUCUGACAACAACAGAACAAAAGUCGAUUGUUGCAGCAGGCGAUAUGUUACGCCCGAGUAAUUCCCCACAAUGGAGGCACUCAGUGGCACCGACCAAGAACAAUUCCUCAGACUUGAAAAGCGACGCUAAAACGUCGAUUGGCGAUCGAUUAGAAAUAGACCAGCAGAAAUACCACGUUAGAUCGAGGAGUGCUUACGAACCGCCUCUGCAAUCAGCGCUGAAGUAUUCGUUCACCGAUAAAAAGCAAAGACAGGCUAUUGAAAAAGUGGAAGAAAAUCACAGUUCAUCUUCAAGUGAAGAUGAAUAUGACGAUGAAUUCAUGGCUCCGGCCUAUAGUGUUUAUCCGAGGCGCCACAGUUUGGGCUACUCACUAGAGAUUGUCCAGAAAAGCGCAGGAUCUUCCGAUGUUCUACCCACAUGUAGAGUCUUUGAUUCAAAAUCGCCGCAUCAAAUUUUAGUGCCAGAAGAUUAUCUUAAACGAAGAUCAGUUAUUGUAAAAAGUGACUCGCCUUCAAGUUUAUUCCAGCAAUCGCAAUCAAAGCGAAAUUUAGAGAAAAGUCGAAGUUACGAAACCUUUACCCAAUUUGAAGACCAAGAGUUUCAGCGACCAAACCAAAACUAUUCAAAAACUAUUAUUCAGAAAUCUAAUUAUAUCGAAAAUGGUGCUAGCGUGAGCUCUUAUGGUGACCCUAAGUUUGUAGAAACAGAAAAAAUUUCCGACCGGGAUUUGAAUUGUGGACCUCGUGCUCCUAUGCCACCAACAAGGAGGAGCAGUAUGAAUGCAGUGGCGGAGCUGACGCAAAAUGGCGUGUGGUCGCGGAACACAAGGGCAGUUGCCAAACUUAACCAUAUCAAUAAUGCCAGCAAUUUAUUAACUACUUUGAAAGAGCGCGAUUAUUCAACCGAUUUGUCCCUCAAAACAAGAAUUGAUAACAACCUCAAAGUCAGCGAAGAGCUCAAUGAUUCCUGGAUCCGACCCGAUCCCAUUAUUACAACACGAAACUGUGAUCUGGACAAAGCCAAUAACAACUACUACAUAUCAACUACCGGUGCUUCCAAACAAAAUGAUAAAUCAAAAUCAGAAAAAGCAUUUUUGGAUUCGCUUCCAGAUCCGAGCCUUCCGCCGCCAAUUCCAGCGCGAGAGUCUUCCAGGUCCAUCAACAUUGCCAACUAUGCAUCCAAUCUUGUAUAUCCCGAACAAAAAAUCAAUAACCUAAGUACUUUAAAUCCGCCAUCUUUAACAAACACGUCUGAUCAAGUUGAACCUUCAUCGACUAAAAUUUCCCAGCUGCCUGUUACUAAGAAAGUAAUUGUUGUCGACCCUUUGAACUUCUCGAAAACGAGUCCGAGUGAAACAGCAAGGAGCAGCCUUCCGAAAAAGUCAGAUUACUCGCCAUUCCACAAACCGUUGCCGAGUUUACCUCCAGAGAAAUCACUGUACGCGAGACGAGGAAGUGAGUCGCUCCUCCACUUUACAAGACGAAGCUCGGAAACCGAAUUCUGUUCUGAUUCACCUGAUGAUCCGAAAAGUGAGCAAACUAAAUUUGAGCAAAAAUUGGAUCGAAAAGUGACAAACGCAUACAGCGAACGAGGUGAAAAGUUUCAAUCGAAAAGCGUUUCUCAUUGCGACGAUUCGCCGACAGGUAUUGACCAGGAUUCUAAGCGUAUAAAUGUCUCACAAUCGUGUGAUCAAAAAGUCUUUUCUAUAAAUGCUAAUGAGCCAUCAGAAGUGCCAGGUGGUCGAAAGAGGAUCCCACAACCUUUUCUAUCGUCGACACCUUUACCGGGUGAAAUGGAACUUCCGGGGCAGGAUUUGGAGCAGAUAGUACAAGCUCAAGCUGGAAUAUCAUCAACGUCGCACAAUAACCAGUACUUCUACAAUCGAAGGAAUUACUUUUUGUCUCGAAAUGCUGGAACUGUAGCUAAUUCGGGAUGUAAUUCGGUGUCGGAUAAACCGCCAUAUCAAACUAGGUUUCUCUCAGAUCCGUCGAAACUGAAGGAAGCUUCAGAGGAGACGGUGAAAGUUCGCUUCGGUAAUCGGUCGGAUCCCCAGCCCAAUAUGGUUGAGAGAGCGGUGAGAGGUGGAGUAAAAGGAUUAAACGACAGCCACGUGACCAAUGAAUCACUCAUAUCUUCGAUCGGACCAAACAAGUCGCGGCUCCUCUCGGGUGACCAGGACUCCAAUGGAGGCCUAUCAUUCAUCGAAUCAUCAUCUUUGGAGGAUGUGAAUAUGGCAUGCAUUAGAAGAACCGACCAAGACCGAUCUUCUGAGGAUUUCAACAAGAAGCUGAGAAUGUCUUUAGCUUUGGAUGAUUUGGAUGAUAUUGACUACGGUGAGACAUCGGUAGAUUCAGAAAAUAAACAACCAACAAAUUCACGAUCAAAUAGGAUCUUACAAAACGUGAGCCAUAUACCUGGUUCGCAGAUCUCGAUCGAAAGAACGGUACUGGCAGAAUCUUCAAAAAUGGCGCUAGCAUCUUGGAAUCCGAUAUCCAAUUCCAGAUUCGGAGAUUUCAACGAAAAACAAAAUUCCCCGACUGGUUCGCGAAGGAGUAAAACUAUCAAUACAAUCCCGACUCGACAUGUAAACGAUAGUAGUCUAGAUAGUGGGAACGGUCGAGAUGUUUCCGACGGGGGAGAGAUACCUCAAAUUGACAUAACGACAGAGGAUGAUGCUGAUGAACACUUGGCAGGAUCGGCCCAGACCCAGUUCCAAAUCGCGAGAAAUCGAUUUCUGAGAAAGCAGAAUGACUCGCUUCGGGCUUCUCAAUCACAACGGUCAAGGACGUCGUUUGUAAGCAAACGAGACAAUUCACUGAGGUCUAAAAUUGCGAAGUCGACAGAAAAUAUCAUCAGAGCGGAGAAGCCUUCUUCGGAGUCUGAGAAUCAUACAGUUAUUCAGCAUGAUCUGGAAAAUACUCGAGAAAGUUUGGACAGAAGCGAAGUUAAACUCGAACGUGCAAUUAGCAGACGUCAUUCGAAGUCUGUGGCGGAUCUGUGUGAGAUAUCGAAUGUGAAUGAUUUGACAGAAGAUUCUGGAGUGGGCGGUCUGAGUUCAUUUUUGGGAUCCCAUUCCAGCGGGGUUCAGAAAGCUUCAGCUGAUGAAAUAACCUCCAGCAUUCUGAUGAAGGGAAGUUUGGUCGACCUACGAGGGUCCAACUGGAGCGUUUGGUCCACGGUGUCAAGCGAGGACCUUAGCAUAUCUGCAGCUGGUGGACUUCUCUCCUCGCGUGCUACAAGUUUGGACAACCUAGUCGCCGAGGCAGACAGAGAACAAGUGCAAUCGGCCUUGAACCGUGUGGGGGAUCUUCUGGCGCGGGACAGGAUGGAGCUAGCCAGUUUGAGUGGGAGUCUACUAGACCAAAGUCAAGCUGAGUGCGACCAAAUCAUCACCGCUCUUCAAAAAUCGGGCCGCGAGAGUGACGUGAAGAGAUUCAAUCGGUACCUGGAGAGUCUCUGUACUUCUUGCAAACUGUCAGUCCACGAGGAGACUAGACUGCACAAAUUGGACCAAAGACUAGGGGAGUUGAGUGCCAGAAGCAGACGCAGCCUCGCCCCUCCCCCUUCCCAGCCCACCACCCCCAAUCAGGACGACCAACUGGAGGCUACUAAUGGGGAGAGUGAAAGAGAGGAGGAGGAGGAGGAGAAAUCGCAACAACAGCAGGCCACGCUGCAGAUCGCUGUCAGAUCUCAAAAGUCUAUGGAGAAGGAUCUGGAGUACCUACGCAGGUCGAUGGAUAAACAACGCCAGAAAGUGAACGAAGCGCAAUUGGCGUUAGAAGAUGCCGAAAGCACCUUGCUGCAACACCUCGAAAAAGUGUUCAAAAACUGCCCCGAAGAAGUGAAGUCAUCCAAGCUCACGGUCGAAAAUCGAGUGGCACUAACACGCAAGAAAUGCUUGUGCGAAUCGUCCAUAAAGUCAAAUGAAGAUUUCGAGAAGUAUCUGAAAAAACAGCUGAUCAUCCAUGUUAAUGCGCAGGACGAUGAAACAUCGGAAACAAACUCAUGAUAGAAAGUGAGAGGACAUUUGUUGCAUAUUGAAAGUUUUGUUCGAUGUAGAUUUUCUCGGAACUCGAAAUAUCUAACUUCUAAUGAAUAAAAUUUCCCAAGUCUUGAAGCAAAUUUGAUAUUAAACGCCUUUGUGGCUUCUUGACAUUGAGUCAAAAUUAUAGAAAAAGGUGCUACUUGGUGUCUUAACUGCAUUAAUAAAUGAUGCACAACUUUCUCUGUAGUUUAAUUCUAGCAACAAGAUUGCUAGAUCUAUGAUGCUAAAUGAAAUAAAUAAAUAGUACAAUUAAAUAAUUGAAAUUUCGUAAUUUUGUUGGUAUGAUGUGUAGCACUUAACAAUCCGAUUAAUAUUCGCCUUCUUUCAAUGCCUUUAUCUUAUUUAUGGUUAUUUACAGAAAAUUUAAAUUCCAAUGUUUCACA